UAACUAAUAGAGAUGGCUUCCUGCGUUUUCCGAAAUUUUGUAAAGCCGCAAGUUUUCCGUUGUCUUUCACAGACUACAGCACCGAUUAAUGUAAUUAAAAGUCAGUCUAGAAAGAUACAUUCUACUCCAAUUGUUUUAAAGAAGUAUUUCACAGAGAAACAUGAGUGGAUUGAUGUAGAUGAUGGGAACACUCAAGGUACAGUUGGAAUUACAGAUUAUGCUCAGGAUAAGUUAGGAGAAGUGGUAUAUGUACAACUGCCAGAUAUUGGACAGACAUUGGAAUCUGAUGGUGAUGCCGGUGUACUUGAAAGUGUUAAAGCAGCUAGUGAUAUAUACAGUCCUGUUAGCGGGGAAGUGACAGAAAUUAACCAGGCUGUUGCUGACAGCCCUCAAAAAAUAAAUCAAAGUCCUUUUGAAGAAGGCUGGCUAUACAAGAUGACACUUUCAACCCCGAGUGAACUAGAGGAACUCAUGAGUGAAGAAGGUUACAAUGAAUACCUCCAAAACAUUGAAUGAUGAAAACCUGUAUUGUUCGAAUAAUAUAUAUUAAUGUUUACCUUGUAUAUCUGGUGUGUGAGUGUUGUUGUUGUUAUUUUUGUUGUUUUAUAAAAUAAAUUACGCUGAGUUUUGAUGAAUACGAAUGCCAAAUAAUACAUUAUUACUGUCCAAACAAAGAUCUCCAUGAAUAAUCUUGAUUAAUUAAUAAUUGACCCUUAAGCCUCAUGAAUUUGCCCUGUUUUGAAUUUGGAACUCCAUUUGAUGCUCAAGGAAUUUCAUUACUAAAAUACUAAAUAUUGAGUUACCAACAAAUAAACUUAAGCCUUGUCAGACAUACAGAGUGGGUUAAAAUUGGUGACAAAAUUAAAGCUAAUUUAUUCAGUGUCAUUAGAUAAAGGGUUAACUUAUGAAAUAUUUAUUGCUAAAAACCAAUCGGACCAGUGCAUUAAACCAUCUAGCAAUAUUUAUCUUAUAGUAAGACCAUCUAGCAAUAUUUAUUAAUCUUAUAGAUUGCCAUCAUUUACUUUCAAAUAAAAUGCUCAAAAGGGUAUCAUAUAGAACAUGAUUGUAAUUAUGUAAAGUUAUUUUGGUAUUUUAUGGUCUGGCAGUUAAAGUUGACAGCUGUGUUUGACUUUUUCCCCACCAUUAUCAUUUAUGGGUACAAAUCUUAGCAUUGACUUUGGAUUUUUUUUUAUGUAAGGGCAUUAUCCUGCUAUGUGAUGGAAUGUUGGUCCCUACUCGUGUGCCAGUUCACCCCUCAAAUAAUGCACCGAGGGUUCUUGGAGGUUUUAUUCAACAAUCAACUGUGGCAAUUUUCCCACUACAGUUCAUAUUUGUAGAUGUGAUUAGAAAACCCAACUAAAUAAAUCUUGAUCUCUGGUUGAUACUCAUAUAGACAAGUGUGACAGUUGUUAAUAAUAGGAUUAUCCGAAUCAAGUGGCAAUAAUGAUGGGUUACAGUUCUGUUGUACAGAAUAUAAUUCAUAUACAUUAUACUUUAUCUGGAAAGUAAUGAUGAUUAAAUUACUUGUAAAAAAUUUUUUUUUUUUUUUUUUUUUUCUUUUUUAAUCUUGAGAUAGGCCUAUUCCAGUAUCUUUCUUUCCUUACUUUUAUCACCAUUAGGGCUACUUUACUUAAUUUGUUUAAAGUACUAUUUCAGCUUUGACUUUAUAAUUGACCAGUUUUAGUUGCGAGAGAAUUUCAACAUGGAAUAUCAAUACAGAUAUGUCAUUAAAUGAAAGAGUUUUCAAUUGCCUAAAUAAUGCAUGAAAUAAUAAGAUUUUAUGACAUACAGAAAGUAAAACACAUAAAAUGAAUAGCAUGUGUACCAGUCCGAAGGUGAAAGAUAUGUGUUGUUAUGAAAGUUGUGAUUUUUUUCAAAAUGUAUGUUUUAUUAUGAUUAUAACAGAAGCAAUGCUCUUCUAUCACACAUGUAUAUAUUAUAUAUGUAUAUCUUUUAUAGUUUAUGCUUGCUGUAUUGUUUAGAUAUAAUUCUGUUAAGGCUUUGAUGAUUGAAAAUUCUUUCAUAGGUGAUGAAUUUGUUGUUUUUGAAUUGUCAGUUUAGUGUCUUCUGGAUGUUACAUUCUAAAAUGGUGAUUGCACUUUACAGAUAGAUCUUUUCAUUUAGAGCUUUAAUAUAACUGCAUAAAUGUACAUUGUAGUAAAUCAUUAACUCUUAGCCUGCUGGCAGAAGCAUAUCGUACUUAUACAACCAGUGCAGAUCAAGAUCAGCUCUGUUCAUUGUCUGCAUUGUUUGUUAUUUUGCUGGUAAAAUAUGCUUCAAAAUUGUCAACAACCACAACAACAAACUGAUAGAAGGUUUUUGACCAUUACCUUGGUAAGGGUUUUUGUUGUUAAGAUCUGUUCAUUGAUUUUAGUGCUUUUUGAUCACAGAUACUAAAACCUGUCAGUUAAUUAAGAGGUUAUAUAGAUACAAUUUUUAUGGACUGCUUAGAUCUCUGAAUAAGUCUGUUACUUAAUUAAGAGAUUAUAAUGGUUUUGCUGGUCACAUGCAAUGUUGUCUUCUUACUGUUAAGCAAUUAUUAUUUAAUAAAAAUUAACCUAAACAAAAUAGGUAUUUCAUUGAUGAACUCACCUUUAAGAUCUACCUAUAAACUGUUGCUUUGGAGAUGAUGAGAGUCUUUUCAGUACAAAUCAUGUGCAUUUGUGGAUGAUCACCCAUAGGCAUUUUAUAGAUAUGAGAAAGUGUGCUAGUAAAUAUGUAUGUGAGUGAGUGUAAUUUAAGCAUGUUUAUUGUAUCAAUAGAAGAUGCUGUACUGUAGUGGAUUAUACAGUGAUUAAUACAACCUAACUGCACAUUUUUUUCCAAGUUUUGUUAAAAUGCUAUUUAUACAGUAUAUACAGCCAAGAUCUGUUUGUUGAUAUAUUUUUUUUUUGAAUCUGUCUAGAUUAUUAUAUUUUACUUUUUUGUUAUAGAAAAAGUGACGUUCAUUAAAGAAUCUCAAAAUAGAAAUGAAAAAACACCCACACAUAAACAGCACAAAUGUUAAAGGUGCUGAAAUAUCUUCUUUAUAGACUCUUGUUAUGAUCUCACAAUGUUAGUAUUACAUUUAUUACUUUAUUGAAUACAGUAUAACCAUACUUUUAAGGUCAGAAUUCUACGAGUUUUAUAUAUUCCAUUGUAAAUCCCUGCCGAUUCGAAUACUUGACUGGUAUGUUUAGAGGGUACGAAGGGGUUAAAUACGAGACUUUCAGACCCUUGACUGUUGGUUCAAAUUACGGUACAGAAUGGAUUAUUGUAGAUACAGAUGAGGACACUAGCAUAUAUCAUCACCUUAGUGCAGUAAUGGGUUAACUCUUUAUGUAAUUUUAAUAGGAGUUAACGCGUUACUGCACUAAGGUGACACUAAGGUGACAAUAUGUAUUAAAGGUUAGGGAUUCUUUAGGGGUGCCUGCUUGUUACUGAUUUAAAAAUAAAAAUACAAAACUUGUUUUACUUUAUAUUUUAAUCAUGCAUUUACAUAUAUAUAUUGUCAUGACAAAACCAACAUAGUCCGCGCAGUCUGAUCAGGAUCCAUGCCGUUCGCUAUCAGUUUCUCUACUUGAUGUAGGGUUUGUAAGCAAACAGCACAUAUCCUGAUCAGACUGUGCGGAUGCGCAGGCUGGUCUGGAUCCUUGCUGGUGGCAAACCAAUUAUGUUGGUUUUGUCAUGAUGCGGCUCAUAUACCUCAGUUAAUAGAAGCUGUCUUAUCUAUUUACAUGAUUUAACUAACAUAUUGACAUGUAAUUAUUGAAGCCAUUUAAGUCUCAUCUUAAAUGCAUUUUUGUUCUUUGAAUUUUUUCCUGUUUACUGACAAGUUCAAUAAUUUAUAAAUUGUUUGAUAAACUUGAGAGUUCUUCGAAACAAAAUAUAAAAAAGCAAAAAACCCACAUACACAAUAAAUGUCAAAAUGUGGGAGAUAUUUGAAGGAAUGAGAGAGAUUUAUCUAAAAAAAUGUAAAUAUUUCAUUUUAAGCAGCUUUGUUUACACUAAUCUCAUUCCUGGGCAUUACAGGUAAAGGUAAGCAUGUUCUACCACUAAAUUUUCUGCUCAAAUUAUACAUUUUGAUCAGCACGUCUGUUUUGAAGAAUAAGUGGAGCUAUUAUGAUUGGUGUGACGUCUGUGUGGUUUUAGCCUGGUUUGUUGUGCAAAAACUUUAAUGUAGCCCAUUAUUAAAACAUUUUAGAAUUUGUCAACAUGAAUGUGGUUAUCUUGACAAGGUGCAGUUGUUAGACAAGGAACAUAAUUUUUUUGGAGUUAUGCCUCUUUUUAACUUAGAAAUUUAUAUUUUUGGAGUUAUGCCCCUUUUUUUGUUUAAAGUGUUUUUUACUGUGAGACAAGCAUAUUUUGUGCUCUUGUUUUUAUUGAAGAAUGAUUUUAUGAAAUGCGGUGGCUCAGAUGAAUUUUCUAAUAUGUUGGUUUCAUAUGUACCGGUAUGUCUGAAAAAAAAAUUGACCAGGCAUACAGUUGUGUAGAUUGAGUGUGAGACUUUUUUGUGUGAAUCAUGGAGAAUAUGAAGACAUCCAUUUAUUUGUACCCCUAUAUUGUGUAAUUAUAUUGAUAUUAACUCUCGGCUGUCCUAUCAUGAUCUGAUCACUGUCUGCGCUGUUCGGUCCGCACUGUUUGCUGUACCGGUCCGCACUGUUUGCUGUACCGUCAGUAAAUAUUCUGAAACAUUUUCCAAAGAAUUAAGGAAUGGCCUUGUCCAGAUUAAAAAGAAUUUUAAGUUAUUUUGUGUGGUAACAGUUUAUCCUGACCCAGUUUUUGUCAUUAUUGUACCCCAAAAGUGUGUAAUAAUUAUGUAUUUAUAAAAUAAAAUGUUGAUAUUUGGUAUCUGAUCACUGACCAUUUACAAAAUUGUUGUUAAGAUAUAGAUUUAUUCCUGCGGA